UUCAUUGCCGAGGAGUUUACGGACGCGUCGGGGGCUUUCUCUCCCCCCGAGUUAUCCCCCAGUUUACCUUCGGACGAGCCCGUAAUGGACUACUCCAGCUCUCCCCGCAACCUGGAGCGAUUUUAAGAAGCGAUUGCAAUUUUUUUUUUUUUUUUUUUUUUUACCUCCUUCCCCCUUGGUUUUCUCCAUUCAAGUCGGCAGGAUGGCUGAGCAGGAGCCCGAGUCGCCCGGAGCACUAGAGACGCCGUCAUAGCCGGGAUCGUUCUUUUCGGAAUAGGGGGUUUGUCCGAACGGACCGUUUCUUUUUACAACUUUCCCCUCCGCGGAUAAUGGAUGGCAGAGAUUUCGGACCCCCCCGAUCCGUCCACGUACCGCCGCCGUUGUUGGCGGGGCUCGCGAUGGAGUCCCACCGACUCGGAGCGGCGGCGGCCGCCGGGAGGAUCCCUCCCUCGCCCGGUCACUUGGGCGCGAGUCAUCCGCCGCCUCUCCACUCUGGAAAAUUCCUGCCAUCGGCCAUUAACCUACAUCCACACCACAGUGAUGCCUUCCCGACAGGCUCCAGUCCCUUCCUGUCAGGUUAUCCAGGCCACUCCCCCCUGACCUCUGACCCCACGUACAGGUCGGCCAAUCCCAGCAGUCUGCAGAUGGCUCAGCUCUGGGCAUCACACGCUCAUGAAGGUUACCCCCCGCUGCCCAGCAGCCUGUACUCCAGCCCCUACCUGUCUCUGGGGCACCUCGAUCCUCCCUCGCUGUCCCAGCACACUCUCUACGACUCACAUAAAGAGGGUUUUUACCUACAAGCCUCCCUAAGGCAGUCCCCUCUCCAUCCACCGCCUGCGCCAUCUGCCCCGUCCAGCUCUACACCCCCUCAGAGGACAUCCCGGGAUUGCGGUAGGGACCGUCUCUACCGGGCUGAGAGGGAGAGAGAGAGGGAGCGUGAGCGGUCAAGAGAGGAGCAGCGACCCCACAGUGUGGUCGACCUGACGCAAGAUCGGAGGAGCGAGGAGGAGCGCCGGGCAAGGAGUGGAGACCGGGAACGUGAAAAAGAAAGGGAUCGGGACACGGAGAGAGACAGAGAUGGAUGGUGUUUUCAUCCUCACCUCCACCAGCAGAAAUCACACUCUCAGGCCUCCACAGUGGAGGCCAGACCCAGGCCAUCACCUCCACAGCCCUCCUUCCCUUCAGGUGGGCAUGCUGGGAGGUUCCACGGACCAGAAACUGACAGGGGGGGGCGUGAUGAAGAGGGCGUCUCUCGACCCCAUCACAACCAUAACGCAAAUCACUCAAACACUCUAUCAGACAGACUGAGACGCAAUGACUCAGCGGCUACGUCCGCUGGGAACCUCCAACUCUCUUACGCCCUUCCCCCUGCGCUCCAGCCCUGUGUCGCUGGUCUGCCCCACACCUCUGCACCCAGAGACCCUAUCAGAGAGCAGCGAGUCAGCGCACCGACAUAUGUGCCUUCUGUGGAGGUUUACGACGAGCGGGCCGGGCCCAUCCAGAUCGCCUCACAGGCCCGUGACAACAAACACAGCGACAAACACAGAGACCGAGAGCGUGUAAGAGACCAAGAGCGUGAAAGAGACAGAGACCGAGAGCGUGAAAGAGACAGAGACCAUGAGAGAGACAGGGAGCGUGAACAGGAGAGAAUCAGAGAGCGUGAACGGGAGAGAGUCAGGGAGCUAGAACGGGAGAGAGAUCGGGAGAGGGAGAGCUACAGGUUUCCUCAGAGGAGCCUGAUGGAUCAUCCUCGACUCUCCCAGUCUGGCGAUUCAGGCAAUCAAAGAGAGGAAGGCUCUGUUAUUUGUUCCAACGGUUCAUUUGCGAAGCGGGGCCAGGACACAACAUAUUCCUCCAGUCAAUCAAGGUACAGCCCUGAGACCAGGGACAUCUCGCAACACUCAAUCCGAUUGGGUAUAGAGCGGGCGGGGGCGGAGCCUAAGUGGAAUAACAUCAGCCCGUUGGCCAACUAUGCCACCAAUCACAUGGCUGCUCUGGCAGCCCAACACGGACACACACUCCCCUCACCCCACAGCCAACCUACACAGACACAAAUGUCCCAUUCCCCUCAUACGUCCCACCGGCCCAACAAUAACCCACACUCUCACAGCCACUCUCCCCAGACACAUACCCCCCAACACGGACAUGGGCGUGCAGGUGAGGAGGGGGGUCAGAGACGCUACCUGGACCCAUCCGCUCUCUACCGACCUGGGGGCUCUCUGGCGGGAGGGUCUAGUGGUGGAGAGCGAGGUGGGGGAUCUGACUCGGACCCCUCGGAGGUUUCAGCCAUGCAGAGUCUGAUUAAAUAUAGUGGGAACUUUGCCGCUGAAGGUCCUGGGUCGUCCAGGCACGCCGCGGACGGCCGAGGGCCCUUUGGAGGUCUGGGUAACAUUGGCACGGAAGCUGAGAGAGAGAGGGAGCGGGAAAAAGAGCGGGAGAGGGAGAGGGAAAGAGAGAGGGAGAGAGACAGGGAAAGGAUAGCAGUCGGAUCAGGGGGUUCAGGGGCGUUGAGGGUUCCUCCCCAGCUGAAGAGGGAGCAGGAGCGACCGGACAGCGCCCGCUCAUUUGGCCGGGAGGGGGAUGGCGAGGUGCGCCACCCUCCAGUUGGUAUCGCCGUUGCUGUGGCCCGGCAGAGGGACAGUGGGAGCACCAGUAAACCAACCAGUGGACCUUCAGACACACAGAGACCCCUACUCCAAUCAUCUAUUAAAGAUGAGGAGCGAGGGGAGGACCGCGCUCGUCACCAUGACGACAGACUUCUGGCGUGUCGGCUGGAGCGCGAGCAGGAGAAAGUGCUCAGAGAGUCCAAAGGGCUGGCAGACUUUACUCAAAUGCACCAGGCCCCUUUGUCUGGCGGCCUGACACCCAGUAUGAUGACACCCAGCCUCAUGACCCCCAACCUUAUGGUGACAGGAGGGGCUGCCCUGGGGGGAGCAGGGCGUUGGCCUCCCGACCCCUCAACUCUGACCUCUCACCCGUGGAUGCCCCGGCCAGGAGCCCCCCCAGUCUGGCUCUCCAGCACGCCAUACAGCCUCGGUCCCUCCUCACUCCACCAGACCCUCCCCCCAGGCUACCCGCCCUCUCUGCCAGGCUCCUUGCCACCUUCCUACCAGUUUGCCAGGGACCCACAGUCUGGACAACUAAUAGUCAUCCCUACUGAACACCUGCAACACUAUGGAGGUGACGUGCUGGAGCGUGGAGCCCCGGUGUGGUCGGGGGUGUACGGUACAGGCAGCUCGCUGCAGCACGCUGCCCAGCUCCAGCUGCUCUCCCAGCACCAGAUGCUGCGGCAACAGGAGCUGCUCAUGAUCCAGCAGCACACGGCGCAGGUCCUGGAGUUGCAGAGGAGUGCACAGCUAGUCGAGCGUUUAAAGGCCAGCGAGCACCGACCAGAAAUGGAAGACAAAGCAGACAAGCGGAACACAGAACCCAAACCCAGACCCUCCUCGAUAUCUUCACCGUCUCCCUCACCCGUUCUGCAUCCCCGCAAACCGCCCCCUCCGUCUCGCACGCCGACCCCGUCCACGUCCUCCCUCACCCCGCUGCCUCCGCUCCCCUCACCGGUGACCACCCUCAAGUCGGAGGAAGUGGGGCAGAGAGUGCUGGCGCGCUCACCCGCGCCCCUGCCUCACCCGCCUUCCCCCUGCUCAGCCUCGCCACCCCCAUCCUCCCCACGGCGGCCUAAACAGGAGGUGGUUGAGGAGGAGGGGGCGGUGGAACGGAGGGAGCAGAGGGAGGGAAAGAAGCCGGGCUCUGGGCCCUUUCAGGGCAUCUACUCUGAUGUUCCCCCAGGUUACCCUUACCAGUCUAUCACUGCCCCUUUUGGCUCACCUUUCCCCUCUUAUCACAUCCCAGCACCCACAGGGACAAACACAGAACUUGUCCCCACCCACAGCUCCCGCUCUCCACCCUCAGCUGCCCCGUUGCCCUCAGCGCACCUCCAUUCAAGGCUCCUGGACAUGGAUGUCAAGCCACAGAAACUAGAGCCAUCAAAGAUGGGAUCUUUCCUCAAAAAGGAACCCGGCGUGGAGCGGCCUCAGCUGGACAUGACGCCAGAACCUCUGGGUCCCCUUCGCCGGAGCCGCAGCCCCAUCCGAGCCAGCCAAGACAGUGAGACAGAUGUGGAAGCCCCAAAGCCCAAGCCCCAGCCUCAGCCGCUACCACUGCACGUCCCCAGUCCUCCACCGCAACAAUGUAAAAGGCUAGAAGAAGCCAGGGAAGAACAGAAGGAAGGGGGCCAAAUAAAAAUGGAAGUGUCAUCUUACCCCUGUCAGGCAGCAUAUCCUUUACCCCCUCCACUCACAGAAGCUGAGCCCAAACCAAAGGCCGUCAAGGAUCUAGAGCGAACGCGAUAUCCACCAUGCAUCACUGCAGAUUCAGACUGCCAGGAAUCUACUCAGAACAAUGUGCUCCUCAAGCAAACCACCAGCACCGUGUGUGAACAAGAACGGCCAGACACUCUAAUCGACUCGCACACUCCUAGUCACAAAGAAAUUGCCGCCGACAUCCCAGUUUAUUCUCCUGCCACCUCCAACUCUCCGCUCCCGCUGCUCUUCGGCCCCGAGGAUCCCAUGGCAGGGAUGCUCGCCCUGCUGACCGCCAGUGAGAUGGCCACCCAAGCCCGCCCCGACACCCCACCCGCCCCAAUACUCCUACCACAGAUAGAAAACCUUCCCGCAGGGCCCCUGGAGAUGGUGGCACUCGAGGGGAUGGCUCUGCUCAGCCAAAUGGCCCAGAGAGAGAUGGAGCAAAUAAACCAGGGGCAAGAUUUGACAUUGGAGGGCCUGGACUGUCUUCUUGAGGCAAGUAGACAGAUCCUGUUGGAGGCCAUAGAGAAACAGUCCCACAUUGAUCUGCCCAGAACACUGGACCCCAGUAAGAAGUACAGCUGGAGGCAGAGGAAGGAGGAGCCGCUGUAUGGUAAAAUGUCUGUGGACAUGCUGGACGCAGUGGAAGUGGAAUAUCGUGUCCACCUGGCCGAGCUGCAGAAGACGUACAGGGAGAAGCAGAGAGAUCUGAGCAAGCUGCAGCGACGCAGGGACAAGCAAGAGCGACAGCAGCAGGAGGACGAGAGGCGGAGUCUCACCAGACGGGGCAGGGGGCGACCCAGGAAGAGAAAACAUUUGGCCACAACUCCCAAACUGGACAGCAGGCCUGGAAAGGUGGGUAGAACGGUGCAAUACUCUGAGGACUCCGAAGCUGGGGAAGGACAGAGGAAGAGGUUCCGCGUGUCCAGAGAGGAGGAGGACACAGAGGCAGGAAGUGGAGGAGUGAAGGUGAAGAAGAAGAAAAAGAAGAAGAAGAGCUGGAAUGACCAGGAGCCAUCCACCAGUCAUGCUCUGGAGGUGUUGAGGGCAAAGCGCGGCCAUGUGUGUGAGCAGGAGCAGCUGGCGUCAGACCUCGACAGGGCUCUCUCGCUCUCGCAGCUCGGCUCGCUUGGCGCAUCCCGAAAACUCGCCUCCAACACAAAAUUGGACAAGUCGAAGGGCAAGUCCGCAGACAGUCGGACGAAAGAGCGCACCAUGCAUUCCCCCGCCAAGGGAGGGAAACAAAACAUGGCCGCCAAGGCUUCAACUUCAGAGACCGUCCAGAAGGUGAAAGGUCAGAAGAAGACCACUCUGUUCUCUCCUACGAGAUCAGAGCUCAGCAGCUGCUCCAACAACUCCGAUUCAGAGGAGCACAGUUCUGCUCGAGGGGGCUGGCCCCCUCUCUCUGGGACGCGUUCCCACGGCAACCUGACCAGGAAGAGGCGGCCCGGAUCGUCGCCGCCGUCCCUGCUGUCCGGCCAGAAGUCUCACAAGAAGAAACACAAGCACUUAUCCCUGCUGCUGGAGGAAGCGGGCCUCAGCUCCUCAGACGACUCCUUCGACCAAGAAACCUCUGAGGACGACAAGGACGAGUCUGACUCAGAUGCCGGCGGCUGUGAGGAGAGUGGGCUGGGUCUGCUGGCCAGGUUUGCGGCGAGCGCGCUCCCCUUCACCUCGGCCCCCUUGAGCCUCCUCCAUGACGGCAAACACUGCAUAAGGCAGAGCACUCUGGGUUCAUCGGAGUGCGAGUGGUCAGACUCUGGCUCUGACUUGCGACUGAGGAAGUUCCCCUCUCUGCUGCACGGGAAACGCUCCGCCCCAGAGCUUCCCCUGUUGCCCCCGGCAACGCGGCGCACCUACCAGACCAGCCCCACCAAGCGAGAUGAAGCGCUGCCGGCCAAACGCAAGCCGCUGCCCAAACCACGGCCCUCGCCCCGGUCGCCCCGACGAUUUAGCUUCGACCUCGCCAGCGGCCUUGGGUUCGGAGGCUUCAGCGAGGACGAAGCCUGGAACCGGCGGCGCAGCGAGAGGAUUUUCCUCCACGACGCAACCACCUCGGCGAGUCAGAUGCCUGUGCCAGCUCCUGUUUCCGCCAAUCAGAGCUCCUCCUCCUCCAGCUCAGCCCCACCUCUGACGCCGAAGCCCGUCUCCAGGCCCAAACCCACUACGCCCAGCAAAGAGGGCAAAGACGUGGUGAAAAAAAAGAAGCUGAAAGAUUCUCCUCUGCCCGUGAGCCCAUCCACCCUGUGCAGUCCAGUCCCGGACCCCGCGCCGCUGAGCCUCAGCCCCGCACGCAAGAGCCAACCGAAAGCCAAGACCAAGGCCAGAGAGCCGUCCAGGGGAGCGGUGAGCCGGCUGAUGGAGAGCAUGGCGGCGGAUGAAGACUUCGAGCCCAACCAGGACAGCAGCUUCAGCGAAGACGAACUGCUCCCACCGCGCAGCCGCAGCGUGUCAGAGCGGGCGUCCCCACUGGCUCCAGUGCAGUGUGUGCUUGACAAGGACUCUCUGGUGGACGGACUCAGAGUUUUGAUCCCGAUGGACGACCAGCUAUUGUACGCCGGGCAUGUGAACACGGUACACUCCCCCGACAUAUACAGCGUGGUGGUGGAGGGAGAGAGAGGGAACCGGCCACACAUCUACUGCUUGGAACAACUGCUGCAGGAAGCUAUCAUCGAUGUGAAGCCUCCGUCCGUGCGCUAUCUCCCAGAAGGCACUCGCAUCGCUGCGUACUGGAGCCAGCAGUACCGCUGCCUCUACCCCGGGACUGUUGUCAGUGGAAGUUCAGAUAUUGACGAGAACGACGAUCUCAUCACGGUGGAGUUUGACGAUGGCGACACAGGCCGCAUCCCCCUCUCCCACAUCAGACUGCUGCCACCAGACUACAAGAUCCACUGCGCUGAGCCAUCCCCUGCGCUGCUCGUGGCCAGCUGCUCCAGGAGGAGAGUCCGCAAGUGCAGCAAAGAGGGCAAAGACGCAGCGACGAAGCCAGAGGAGACAACUCCUAAGAUUAAAGGAAAACCUGGUCGCAAACCCAAACCCAAACCAGAGACCUCCAUGAACCCAGAUGGCCGAGAGAAAACGGAUCCUCUGCCUUCCUCCGCCCAGCCUGCAGAGAGACCACAGGCUCCAGCUAAACCUGUCCAGGACAGGACCUCCUCUGUCCAGAAGCCAGGUCAAGAGAAGCCCCGCCCUGCGUCCCGGCCAACAAUGGGAACGCAGGCAAAGCCGGGCCGCAAGAGCUCCACCACAUCGCCCACAGGUAGCCCUACCCUUGCCAACCCGGUGCCCAGGAAGAGCAGCUCAACUCCUGCUUCUAAACCAGCCCGCACUCUCCCUCCCUCCCUCUACCCUUCCACCUACGGAAAAGUCCUGACUGUGGACUUGUACAGUGAGCCCAACCUCAGCUCGUACAACAACCAGCGUAGAGAAAGAGAGAAUACCAAUGGUGUCAGUCCCACGACCAACAGACCCAUGUCCAGACCCAUGGCGACAUCUACUGCGACCAAGCCCGGUGCCUCAUCCACAGCCAGACCCUCCUCUGCCUCCACACCCAAAAUCAAACCGUCCUCUGACCAUCACAGCGGCUCCAGACCAGGCCUCAACCCUGGACUCAUUCCCAGCCCCAUCUCCAGGCUGUCAACGGCCAAACCCGCCUCUUCUCUGACUCCCAGACCUUCAUCAUCCUCAUUGUCAUCGUCAUCUGCCCCCAGACCCAAACUAAAGAUGCCAUCCGACCAGCUGUCCUCCAGACCCAGUCCUAUCUCCAGGCCCAAGCCCAGCCCGGCUCAAAGUGACGGGGGAUCAGCAGCAAGGCGAAAGUCCCUGCCUGCAGAGCCCCUCGUGAAGCUGGACCACGAAGGUGUCACAUCGCCCAAGACCAAGAAGACAAAGGCUCUGAUGUUGCUAGAGGGUCGCGACAUCAGGCGAGAUCACACGCCCAUCGCCGCUGCCUCGGCCAAUCAAAAACUGCACAAAACAAAGCAAAGAGCUCCGGAGAGAGACACUAGCCUGCCAGAGAAAGACUCCACCUACAAAGCACCGGUGCUGGCUAAGGAGAAGGAAGACUGUCGUGGAGGGGCUGGAAGGGAACAGGAGAAGGACGCCAGAGAGGAGAAAGUUAAAAAAGAAGAGAGAAAGGAGGUGGAGAAGAGAAAGGAAAGAAAGAUGAAGGAGGAGUCUCAGAGUAGCAGCAGUUCCGAGUCGGAGGAAGAAGGUGACAAAGGGAAGAUAAAGAAAAAGAAGAAAUGCACCUCGAGCUGCUCUUCCUCCUCCUCUUCUUGCUCUGGUUCCUCCUCAUCCUCUUCAUCAUCCUCGUCCUCGUCGUCCUCCUCUUCCUCUACCGAUGACUCCUCCUGCAGCUCCGAUGAAGAGAGGACCCCUCCGCCUCCACCUGGCCCCGUCUCCUCGGCUCCAGCACAGGACAAGCCGAGAGAAGAGACUAAAGAAGAAGAGGAAGAGGAGGUGAAGAAGGACGUGGGGUUAAAAAUGGAGAUGGAGGAGGAGGAGGAGGAGGAAGAUCUGUCACCCCCCUCACGAUCUCCUUCCCCGUCAACCUCUCCGACCCCUGCUGCUCCUGCUCCCACUAAACCUGGAAAACCACUCACAGGGAAGGGCUCGGGGCAAAGGGGCCGUCCUCCAAAGCCGAAGCCCAGUGGAGGAGAGGGGAAAGUGGGCAGACCAAAGCGGAGAGAGGGGGUCCACCUCCCCACCACCAAGGAGCUGGCCAAACGUCAGAGGCUCCCCAGUGUAGAGAACAGGCCCAAAAUCUCUGCUUUCCUACCAGCCAGGCAGCUCUGGAAGUGGUUUGGGAAACCCACUCAGAGACGCGGUAUGAAGGGCAAGGCCAAAAAGCUCUUCUACAAGGCCAUCGUCCGCGGCCGAGAGAUGAUCCGCAUUGGUGACUGUGCCGUGUUCCUGUCCGCGGGUCGGCCCAACCUGCCCUUCAUCGGCCGCAUCCAGAGCAUGUGGGAGUCUUGGGGCAGCAACAUGGUGGUCAGGGUCAACUGGUUCUAUCAUCCGGAGGAGACGAACCCCGGCAAAAAACUCACUGACAAGAAGAACUGGGAUCAGAUGUGUGGUCAGUCGCUACCAGCCGCUCUGCACUCUUCCAUCCAGAGGAAAGACUUCAUGGAGCGCGCCCUGUACCAGUCGUCUCACAGCGACGAGAACGACGUGCAGACGAUCAGCCACAAGUGCCUGGUGGUGAGCGUGGACGAGUACGAGCAGAUGACCCACACGCGCCGCUACGCCGACAGCGAAGACCUCUACUACCUGGCCGGGACGUACGAGCCCACCACCGGCAUGAUCUUCAACACGGACGGAGUCCCGGUCAUCUGCUGAAAACCCAAAUUUGCGAUCCGACUUGGCCGCUCUGGACCUGGCCAGGAGUCAAACCCAACCCAUGGUCUAAUCACUGAUCGUCAUUCCUGAUGGAUCUCGUCACUGCCGUGACUCGAGGAGCUCAACCACUCCAGUACCAUGAUACACUUCAACCUGACUGUCAUGAACAGCUACUACUACUACUACUACUACUUCUACUACUACUACUACUACUACUACUACUACUACAGUCGCAGGAGACACUAUAGACAGUAUUAAAAGGAACAAGUCUCCUGAAACAUUUGCACACACAGACUCCACCAACACAGACUGUUUUGCUCAUGUUGUGUUCACGGGGAAAGUUUAAAAACACACACGAGUACUUCAGUCUAUGUAAAUAUACUCUGCGUAAAUACAGACACAUAUUUACACUCACAUGCACAGACACGUGUAAAUACUCACCCCAUAUUACAAAAACACACACACACACAGUUAUAUAAAGGAAAAAUAUGAGUGUUUUAUUUUCAUGUAAUAGAUUUAUGUCAGAGUACUUUUUUCUAAAGAGGUAAACCGUCGAGAAGCUUUAAUGAACUGUGAAUGAUGAUACAGGAGAGAGGCCUGUGUCUGCCUGUCCGUCUUCUCCCUGCCCCCGGCAGGACGGUCAGGCAGACACACACACACACACACACACACACACACACACGCCGGUGGUGUGACGUUGUGAUUAUGAUGUUGCUGUGGUGAUAUUACAGUCAUGUUACAGUCAUAUAAAUGUAUCUACAGAACAGCAGGAGCGACAGACAGAUGCAAAAAGAGAAAGAGAUGCACAGAAAGAGAGAGCUAGAGACUCCCUCCAUUGCUAUCCAAUAGAGAGCACUUAAGAAAAGAAAAAAAACACUUAAAGUCCUUUAAUUUCACCUCUUCAAUUCCCCUUGACAAUCCGGUGUCACGCGGUGCGGGCAGACUGUCCGUGUGCUACGAGAAAACUUCUGACUCCCUCAGAGACUCAGGCUAAAGAGAGAGGAAGGAAAUAUAGUGCUAUCAAAAGCACUUCCAUUUUAAUUUACCUUUGAGUUCCUUAUCUUGACAGGGAAAAAUCCACCCAGAAACAAUUGAAACAAAAAUGGCUCCCAAUCAUGUGUUUUGGAAAUUUUGCACUGAGGUUGAACAACAGUUAAGGGAGAAGUGGAUCCGAGAGUUUCUCCACGUUGGCCUUUCCAGGGGAAAGUGAGAAAAACAUCCUCUUUUUUUUUAGAAACAUUAUGUAUCAAAUAAAGUAAACCACAACACUUGACUUACAAAGUAACUCCAUGAAUGUGAACUGGAGUCCCACAGGGUGGAUUUUUCCUUCUUUUCUUUUCUUUUUUUCUUUUUUCCGCGGAGGUGUUUUCAGGGUUGUAAACACUGCAGCCGUUCCAAGAUGCACCAAGGUCACGGCACUGAUAUACAGUACGAGGCUGCCGGCACUGAUUCGAUCAACACAAUUCAAUUCUUCACACUCAUCUGUCACCGUUUUGCCACGUUCACGCAGUUUGGCUGCAGUGCUUCUCGACCUCUAGAUGUCCCGUGUCGGAUUGUAUUUUAUAUUUCUUUUCUUUUUUUGCUUCUGCUGUUUAAUUGGUGUCCAUCUUCCCUCCAUAUGAUCACAUUUCGCCCUCCAAGCAAUCAUAUUUGACAUGAGUGCACUUUGAAUGAGCUCCUCUGCAAAGGAGAGUCAUAUAUACUGUAUGUGUGUGUAUAUAUAUAUAUAUGUGUAUAUAUAUAUAUAUAUAUGUGUGUAUAUAUAUAUAUAUAUAUAUAUAUGUGUGUGUGUGUGUAUAUAUAUAUACAUAUACAUAUAUAUAUAUACACGUCUUCCUAGAGUAUUUGCUAACCCCCUCUGCAUGUCAGCGAUGCCCACAAACACACACACACGACCACAUCCCUUUUUACACGUUGUUCUUUUUCGGCUCUCUUAGCUGCUUAUGAAUUCAUUUUUUUUUUUUUCCAUGUGCCUGGUUUAGCCAUUCUUUUAGGGGGAGACUGCUGAAUGUUGUGCUCAGGGUUGUGAGCGUUCGGGUGGCCUUACUCUCCCAGGCCUUACAAUGACGAAUCGCCAAAUCUCUCCUCGGUCCGGCCCCCCGUACUCCCGCCAUUGUCCUCGGCUCCCCGGGGCUCCGGGAGGGAAAUUAGAUCGGUGUUCUCUCCAGUCUGCUGACGUUGGGAAACACCUUUCUUCUUCGUGACGUCGAGUUUAAACAACCCCUCCGUUCCUGAGCUCUUGACCCACUUGGUUACACUAUUGUGUACAGAGUUUGUAUCAGAUAUAUCAGUAUCUAUAUACAGUGAUAUGCUGUAUAUGCAGUUUAUAUCUGCGGUUAUCAUGUUGAUUUUCUUGUACGUUUCUUACCACGUUGCCCUCUCUCUGCGUCACUGCAGGGACUGAUGAUUGUCUUGUUGAUACUCAAAAGUUUUAAUAUUUUCUACUCUAGAGCUGUUUUUAGUUUUGUCCGGAUUCGUCCGAUGUUAUCAUAGGCUAUGUCAUAUUUUUUUAUUCUCGCCGAGGUGGCCGCGUGACGUGACCCCAGAUGUUAACGUUGCUCAUGGGACAUUUACCCCGAUAAACGACAAAAGACGUCCAUCGCCAGGGAAGCGGCAUUUCGGCGCACGUUCGUGUCCAAUCCUGACACGACGGCGAGCCCAGUCAAAUGAAAAUAAGGUUGGGUAAUUUGCUGCUAGACUGCUGGUGCGGAAAGGGGUGUAACAGGUACGGAGUGACUCUUAUUUGCCGAGAUUACUCGAUCGAUUGAUGCCAGGGAAAAGGCAUAUCUGCUGAAGGCCCGGCUGCUCCGCCAGCUGCUGCUCUCGUGUCGCCUCCGUUCGGGGGACAGAAUGAUCCCCGGCUGGCAACCGCAGCCGCGGGAGUGUAAACGGACGGACAAGGUCGUAGCAGUGUUUGCGGAGUGAACAGGUUGAAGUGCCCCCUUAUGAAUCUUUGUUUACCCCCCGGAGCUGCUCAAGCACUUUUUUCUGUCUGUGUGUGUGUGUGAGAGACAUUAAACUCUCAUACCCUUGUAUAGCCACACACAAACAGGCACACCCUCAUAACCCCUUUAAGGUAUGUUAUUGCCUUGCAAUCUCUAUUUAGCCCCCUAUCUCCAUCCAAAGUCAAGCCUUAGGCCUUCAAACAGGGUCCAGCACAAACACACACGCUCACACCAACACAUAUCCCCCUCCCCACUCGCUUUCAUUUGGUGUCAUAUGUGUUUAAUAGCCUGACUUCAUAUAAUUUCUUUCUAUCACCAUUUAUGUUUUGCUUUUGUUCGUGUUCUGUCUUUCUCAGCAAAACAAAAAAUUGUUUAGUAUUUUUUUUUGCUUCACCUCUCUGAACAAUCGUCCACGCCCCUCGAGCAAUACUGCUGACGGGCACCGGGAGCAAGCUGCUAGAGAGAGAGAGGAAUGGGAGCGAGGGCAAAAGAGAGAAUGAGAGAGAGAGAGAAAGAGAGAGAGAGGUGGACUGGAGGCUGGUUCUUCGUCUGCUGUUCCUUCAGUAUCGUUAUCGUCCUGUUACAGAAAGAAAGAGAAAAAAACAGAUUAUUUUGAAAAUAAAUAGAAAAAAAGCAUCUAAGUUUUGUAAAUGAUCCUUCACAGUUGAGGGGAGAAAAAAAGUUAUCAGAAUAUACUUUGUACACGUCUAAUCUUGUAAAAAUUGCAACAAAAAAGGAAUACAUUUUAGAGAUGAAAUCUGAAACCAGAUAUAUUCUGUUGCUCUAUACUGUAUGUGUAAGUAUUUUUUUUUCUUUUUCUUUUUUUUUUUUUUUUUUUACAGACCGCAACCAUGUUUAUCAGUGUUUCUUUUAAAUUGUUUUAGUAACUCAGUAUUUUAUAGUUAAUCAAUAAACAGAUGGAACUGUA